CUCCUCUCGCCUGCUCCUGGCCAAGAUGGCGCUGCUGGCGGCGGCGCCUCGGCGAUGGGCGGCCGCCAACGCCGCCUUGCAGCGGAGGCCCGGACGGCGGGGGCUCCACGGGGCGGCCCGCCCGCAACACCUCCACCAGAUUCCAGAGACAUUCAGGCAAGCCACGCUGCGGAGUUUGGGGAGAGACCAUUCAAGGCAUUUAUUAAAUGCUACAAAGACGCUUCAGGUGUGGCCUCUUCUAGAAAAGAGAUGGUGCUGGCAUGGCCAUGCUGGCGGUGGACUACACACCGAUCCGAAGGAAGGGCUGAAGGACGUGGACGCCCAGAAAAUCAUCAAGGCGAUGUUAUCCUACGUAUGGCCCAAGGACAGGCCAGAUCUGAGAGCCCGAGUGGCCGUUUCCUUAGGCUUCCUGGCGGGGGCCAAGGCCAUGAAUAUAGUGGUUCCCUUCAUGUUUAAAUAUGCAGUAGACAACCUCAACCAGAUGUCGGGAAACAUGCUGAACCUGAGUGAUGCACCGAAUACAGUCGCAACCAUGGCAACAGCUGUUCUGAUUGGCUAUGGCGUUUCCAGAGCUGGAGCCGCCCUGUUUAACGAAGUCCGAAAUGCCGUGUUCGGCAAAGUAGCCCAAAACUCCAUCCGAAGGAUAGCCAAGAAUGUCUUCCUCCACCUCCACAACCUGGACCUGGGCUUCCACCUGAGUCGGCAGACCGGAGCUCUGUCCAAAGCCAUAGAUCGAGGGACCCGGGGAAUCAGUUUCGUUCUGAGCGCUCUGGUAUUCAAUCUGGGUCCCACCAUGUUUGAAGUGGCUUUGGUCAGCAGCAUUUUGUAUUACAAAUGUGGGGCCCAGUUUGCCUUCGUAACCCUAGGAACGCUGGGAGCGUACACCGCCUUCACAGUGGCAGUUACCCAGUGGAGAACGAGAUUCAGAAUAGAAAUGAACAAGGCCGAUAACGACGCCGGCAACGCCGCCAUAGACUCACUGCUGAACUACGAAACUGUGAAGUACUUUAAUAAUGAAAAGUACGAAGCCCAGCGGUACGAUGGAUUUUUGAAAACUUACGAAUCCGCCUCCCUGAAGACUACCUCCACCCUGGCUAUGCUGAACUUCGGACAGAAUGCCAUCUUCAGCGUCGGCCUGACCGCCAUCAUGGUGCUGGCCAGCCAGGGAAUCGUAGCGGGUUCUCUGACGGUCGGAGACCUGGUCAUGGUGAACGGGCUGCUAUUUCAGCUUUCUCUCCCCCUCAAUUUCCUGGGAACCGUGUACAGGGAGACGAGGCAGGCGCUCAUAGAUAUGAACACUCUGUUCACCCUGCUCAAGGUGGACACCCAAAUUAAAGACAGAGUGAUGGCAGCUCCCCUUCAGAUCACACCGCAGACAGCUACCGUCGCCUUUGAUAAUGUGCAUUUUGAAUACCUCGAGGGACAGAGAGUCCUUAGUGGAAUUUCUUUCGAAGUCCCCGCGGGAAAGAAAGUGGCCAUCGUAGGAGGUAGUGGGUCAGGGAAAAGCACGAUCGUGAGGUUAUUAUUUCGCUUCUAUGAGCCCCAGCAGGGAAGCAUCUAUAUCGCCGGCCAAAACAUUCAAGACGUCAGCCUGGAGAGCUUAAGGAAAGCCGUGGGCGUGGUCCCUCAGGACGCCGUUCUCUUCCACAACACCAUCUACUACAAUCUCCUGUACGGGAACAUCAGUGCCGCCCCCGAAAACGUCUAUGCCGUGGCAAAGCUGGCUGGGAUCCACGACGCCAUCCUCCGGAUGCCCCACGGUUACAACACCCAGGUCGGAGAAAGAGGCCUCAAGCUUUCGGGAGGAGAGAAGCAGAGGGUCGCCAUCGCCAGGGCCAUUCUGAAAGACCCGCCCAUCAUCCUCUACGACGAGGCCACGUCGUCCCUGGACUCUAUUACGGAAGAGAACAUCCUCGGCGCCAUGAGGGACGUGGUGAGACACAGAACGUCCAUUUUCAUCGCCCACCGGCUGUCGACGGUAAUCGACGCCGACGAAAUCAUCGUCCUGGAUCAGGGUAGAAUAGCCGAACGUGGCACACACAGCGUUCUCCUGGCCAAGCCCGGCAGCAUCUACUCCGAAAUGUGGCACGCCCAGAGCAGCCGGGCACUGAGCAACGACUCCAGAUGGGAAGAGAAAAGAGAGAACACGUCCAAAGAGGAGGAGAGGAAGAAGCUUCAGGAAGAAAUCAUCAACAGCGUGAAAGGCUGCGGAAACUGUUCCUGCUAAGUGCCACUGAGCACUUCCGAGCAUUCCUCCAGCUUUUCACUCUCCAUUUUUAAUCUCCGAGUGAAAUGGCGGCACCCGUUCGCACUGGAGUGGAACUCCUGCUGUAUUUAAAAACAAGAAUCAGAACGUUCCCUUUCUUUUUUCCUCUUAAUCUUUCUCUGGGGUACUGUGUCUUUAACCAAAGGAAUUUAUUUUUACAACUGUCAAAAAUCUAUUUAAUGAAGUCUUCUUCAUUCAUUUUUGUCGUCCCCCCCCCCCCGGAGACCUUCUCAUCUUUCCGAUCCGGGGCGGGGGGCGGGCGGGGGGUGUCAGAAGUCACGCCCACCGGUGGACCUGCCCCCUGUAUCGAGGGGCCGUGGCCGGGGUCCAGCCGGUGGGGCCGAAGACGGAACGACUUGGACCCGUGUCUCUGGCUGGGGCGUGUCGGGCGGUUCCGGUACUGGUUCCGCCGCUUUACGCUUUGCGGUUGAUACGCGUUUCCCAUCACCCGGUAGUUCCUCGUACCGACGGUUGGAUUGAGGAGAGUUCGUCUUUAAAAAAAAAAAAAAAAAAAGGGGGGAGUGGGCGGAGGGGGUGGGGGAAGAGCUCACCAUGGCUUCCAGUCCAGGACACAGCCAUCCUUCAUCUUCUUUCCCUCUUCCAGUCCCCAUCAGGAGCUGCCCGAAAACACACUUUUAAAGCAGAAAUCCUGCCGGGAGAAAAACGCGACGGACGUCGGAAGGUGUUAAGCGAGGACGUCGUCGCUCCCCCCCCCCCCCCCAAACACCCCCGCUCCCCAGGCAGGAGAUGAGCAGAUCUCUGUAGCUCGACGUCGACGGGGCCCCGCGCGGUGUCAUUCUGAGCACCGACGCUCGAGACGCGCCGGGGCCGAAGCAGAACCCGGGAUUCGGAUUCGGGGGUUGGUGAGAGUGCCCUCAGGCCGUCAACUGGGUGUCCGUCCGGCGGCCUUCCGACUGCCUAGGGGAAUGAGAUGUGGCCUUUCCCGUGCCAGAAGGAAUCUAGGAAGGCCUGGCCCGAAGAGGCGUCACGUUCGUCGGGAGCUGUGAGCGGCAGAGUCAGGAGCGUAGCCGAAAGCAGCCCGAGCACUUCCGUUCCUUCUCUUCCACCGUUCGAACCCGGACAGGGGAGGAUACGGGCUGGUUGGGUGCGGAUAAAAGAGGCUUCCAUUACAGUUUCAAAAAAAUUCUAAUCAGGGAAGCGCUGGGGGAGUUGAGGGUUAGGUAUCCUCUCUGGGCACGGCCCAGACCGGCCAAUCCACGUUGACAGUCGAGCGAGACUUCUAGGUAAGGUCUUCUCUUUUAUUAUUUCGGUGAUUGGAUGUGUUCUUUUAAGGUUGACACCACAGCGGGGAGAAAUCCCAUUGACUUAAUCAAGUUUUACCUGCCAGAAACAAUUAGCUAAAGAUAGCGACGGACUCGUUAGAGAGUCCCCUUCUUUUCCAAUGGGAUUUUUUUUUUUUAAUCUAGCCGCGGACUUUCAGAUUAAAGAAUUUUUGCAGCCCUUGAAGUGUUUGGCGAGUGAAACGCAAAUUAUAGUUAAUAAGGUGUUUUUUUUUUUUUUUAUCCUUUUCCGAGGAAAGUCCGGGUGCUUUGAUUUUUAUUGGUUUGGAUCCUCCGUGAUUGCUGUGGGCGAAGCACGUUGCGGUAAGGGUCUGAAGGGAUCCUGUUUUUCUGGUUCCCCCUGUUAAGGCAUUUCUGAGCAUUUCCUGCCGGAAGGUGGAACUUAGUUGAAUAAUCGAUGGGGUGGGAGUGAAGAAGCCAAGGAGAAGGGGGCCUUUAAGUGUAACUAACUGGGCAGAUGAAAUGAUCCGAACGCACGUGGGAACAGGAGGCAGAAGCAGUUUCAGGAAAGACGGGAUUGUUGGAAUAUGGCGGGAGGAGAGAACGUCCCUUUUGGGGACAGUGGAAGUGGUUUCCGUGGGAGGAGUGUCCCCGGGCCGUGGGAUAGGCUGUAUCCAUUGGGCUUCUGAUCCUGGAUUCUCGGCCGUGAGAGAGAGAGAGAUCCUGAAAGCCAUUUGCCUCGGAGCUGGGACCGCUUUUCAGGAAGAAGGAGGCUUUGGCCUGCGAGCCCCAAAAUAUUUCAUGAGCCCCCCCCCCCCCCUGAGUUUUGGGGGACGACAGCCGGGGGGUCAGGGCCCCCGACGGGAACCGCCCUGGAGACGGAGCGUCUCUGCCUCCCCUCAUCAAAUGAGCAGACCGUCCAGCGGGGAGGGGGCCCCGGAUGGCCUCGGGCCCCCCGCAGGAGCCGGCCGGGCCGAACCACCGCAGACGGGGGCGUCUGGGCUCCGAACGAGAGCUUCCCGGGCCCGUUCCCCGGGGGAUCUCGGCGAACCAAGCCUAUUCCGCUCAGGCCUGGCGAAGCCGAUGUGGCCGCGCGCGCGUCGUUGCUCGCGGGACAGACCCACUCGUCGGAGAAUUCGCGUGAGAAGGUGGAGGCAGAGGCUGCUCAGACAUAAGGCGACUCUCGUCCAAACUCAAUCUGAACCCUCGGGUUGCCAAAACCGGUCCCGUCGUUACGGACAGGAGUCCGGGCUCCCUGUUUUCUCCCCUGGAUUCGCCCGUUGAUCAAUCUGGGGCUCCCAACCUUCUCUCCCACCUUCAGGUGAAGCCGGCCUUCCUCUUUUCUCCGCUGAGGCUUCGCACGGGUUUCAGUGUGUAAAAACGCCCCCCGGCCCCCCCGCCGCCCUAUUUGAAAGACAAAGGAUUGCUGUGAUCGGGGCAUUCUUUCGGGGGCUUCCGGGGAAAAUCAGCCCCAGCUGAUCCAGAACUGGAAAGAAUACGUGUUGCUUCCUCCCUCUCUUCUCCCAGCCCGAUCCCGUCCGCUCCGGUGGGGAUUCACGGGUCCAGACGAGCUGGAAACUCAGUCUCUGGAAGCUCUCCCCUUCCCCACCCCGGGACGCGGAACUUUGACUUGGAGACACGUAGGGAAAACGACAACAUCAAACCGUCCAGUGCGAUCCGGUUAAAACCGGUUGGUUUUUGUUCUGUUUUUUUAAGAUUUAUCUAGGAGACCUCUUUACCACGUUUUUUAUUGUUUACAUUAAUCCGUGUAGAUAAUUGUUAUUAAAUAAAUGACUUAUCUCUUUGUGAAUAGAAA